CUAGUUAGUUAAACAGUGUAUAUAUAUAUAACAAAGAAAUAGAAUAAAGUUAUACACUCGAAAUAUUUAUUAUUCUUAUUUGUAAAAAAACAUUAUCAAUGGAUACAGACACAAAAUUAAAAGACAUUCAAUUGUAUAGACCACCACCAGGGUAUACAUUAAAUAGAAUAAAAUUAUACCAGUUACAAAAUGUUGAUAUAUUUAUGAAACAAUCAAAUAAAUUAAUUAAUCUAGAACAAAUUGAUAUUAAUGAAUUGUCCAAAAUUAUUAUGAUGAAUCAAUUAGAAAUUUUACAAAUUAAACAAACAAUUAUGAAUAGAUUUAUACAUAAAUUAUUAAAAUCUAUAAAAAGAAAUUUAUAAACAUUAAAAAAAAAAGGAAUUAAUUAUGGUAACUAAUCAAAAAAAUUAACUAAAAUAUUAUAAAUUUC